CAACAUCCAUACUCUCAUUGCAUUCAAAUAUCAUAAUUUUCCAUAGCUUUCUAGAGCCAUUUGUGUGUGAAGGUUGAGUUGUUCUUGAGCGUACUUAGUUUACUCAUAAUCUACUCUACAAGAGAGUCUCGUUCUUGAGUGUACUUGUGUUCUUAGACACGUUGAGAGAAAGUAUUUCUCUCGUUGAUUCAAAGGAAGGUCUGUUUCCUUUGAAGGAUUCGUUGAGGUUCGUGUGACUCGAACUCUCAAGUUGUAACGGUUUGUUAAGCACCCGCAAGCUUAACGAGAUAGUAGUGUAGCUCGAGAGAGUCUCUCGGGAGGCUGGAUUAGCCACAAGUUGUGGUGAACCAGGAGUACAAGAAGGUCCCCCUGGUCAACUGGAAUGAGGUUUGCCAACCAAAGAAGUUUGGUGGGCUAGGUAUAAGGAAUGUGAUGAACUGGAAUUAUGCACCCAUCAUGAAUGUUGUUUGGGACAUAGAUGGAAAGAAGGACAUCCUUUGGGUUAGAUGGAUACACGCCAGAUAUAUUAAAGAGUGUGACUUCUGGACGUAUAAGCCUAAGCAGGAUUCUUGCCACUACUGGAAGGAAAUGAUGAGGGUGAAGGAAAAAUUUGCAGACAUGCCAACACAAUAUCCAUACACUAUUAGCAAGGGAUAUGAUUGGCUUCAAGGAGCUAGGGAGAAACCUAAAUGGAGAGACUGGGUGUGGAAUAAAUUUACCCCACCCAAGAUCAGAUUUAUAAUCUCGCUGUUUUGGAGAGGGAGGCUGCAGACAAAUAUGAACAUUAACACCAACUGUGAGCUGUGUGAAUGUGCAGUGUCAAUUUCCCUAUUUGAAGCAGUAAUGAAUGCUCUUGACCUACGGUAUAACAUAGGCUCUGAUGAGGAAUUUAGGAGAGCAAUACAAGGAAUGGCAGGGGGGGAAGCACAUGUAAAAGUGGAUAGCAACCUGGGCUACCUGCGUUUACCAGGUGUGGAGAUGGAGGAACGAGAGAAUCCACCAGAGAAGGAGUGAAGCUGGAGAGGCUAUUCACCAAGCAAUUUUUUAUAUUAAAUGUUACCUAAGCUAUAUGAAGGUAGUUUAAUAUGGUUGUUAUGUAGGUAUGGUUAGAGCUGAGGUAUGUUGUAAUGUGUUUGAACUAGUGUUUUGGUAAUGAAUUCUGUGAUUUUGU